CGCCUCUCUUAAAGCUCCCUCGUCUUCUCCCACUCCUGUCCUUCAACUGCCCAGUGCCCACCGCCGAACCUUCUAGAACACGCGAGCGAGCGAGCGGGCAAAACCCUACACGAGCCGAAACUUUGGAGGAGGGAGGGGCGGAGAUGCGGGGCAGGUGACCUGCAGCUCAGCGGGGAUGGUGGCGGCGGCUGCGGCUGCGGCUGCGGGGAGUGGGCCCGGUGGGGGCAUCGAGGAGGGAGUCGGGGAAAGCUCGUCUCCGACGCGCGACGCCGCCGCCGCGCCCGCCGGCUCCGGUGGGAGCGGAGGUGGUGGGGGAGGGGGAGGCGCCCGCGACAUCUGCGGUCAGGUGUACGAGCGGCUCGUCGCCGACGGCCACGAGGAGGCGUCCGACCCCGAGUUCCGCGACAGGAUCGUGGCCCAUUUCGCGCGGCUUCCCCACAGCUAUCAGCUGGAUAUUAAUGUUGACAAAGCAGUAGAUGUCAUAGUCCAUCAGAAGGUCUUGGCAGAAGCGAAGGAUCCUGAUAGGCGUCCUGCCUUUCAUGUCCGUUUCUUAAAGAUUGAAGAUGUGGAUCCAACAUACGACUCUGAUGCAUCUGAAGAAGGGGCUGAUGAUGGCGAUGAUUUCUCUGUAAGGCAGGACACAGCAUACACUCACAUUCAUGAGAUAGUUUUCUCCACAAUUGACAAGCCAAAGCUCCUUAGUCAGCUGUCUGCGUUGCUAUCUGACAUUGGACUGAACAUCAGAGAAGCACAUGUUUUCUCAACCUUCGAUGGCUAUUCUCUUGAUGUUUUUGUUGUUGAUGGUUGGCCCAUUGAGGAUACUGAUGGCUUGCACAAGGCACUGGAAGCAUCCAUUUUAAGAAAUGAGGGUUCAUGGUCUGGUUCGUCCCACUCCUCAGCUGCGGAAAGAACACUUCCCUUCCAAGUUAAAGGUGGUGAAUGGGAAAUCGACAAACGACUUCUGAAGAUGGGAGAGAUGAUUGCUUCUGGUUCUUGUGGGGACUUGUUUCAUGGGACUUAUCUUGGUGAGGAUGUUGCUGUUAAAGUUCUAAGAGCUGAGCAUUUGAAUAAGAAUGUUUGGAAUGAGUUUACGCAAGAAGUGUAUAUUCUAAGAGAAGUUCAACAUACAAAUGUUGUGCGAUUCAUUGGUGCGUGCACGAAACCACCACAAUUUUGCAUAAUUACAGAAUACAUGUCUGGAGGAAGCCUGUAUGACUUUGUGCACAAGCAGCAUAAUGUCCCGGAGCUCACAGCUCUCUUGAAGUUUGCAGUUGAUGUAUGCCGAGGAAUGUGCUACUUGCAUGAAAGGGGUAUCAUCCAUAGAGACUUAAAGACUGCCAACCUUCUGAUGGACAAAGAUCAUGUUGUGAAAGUGGCAGAUUUUGGUGUAGCUCGGUUCCAGGAUCAAGGAGGUAUCAUGACAGCUGAAACUGGAACAUACAGAUGGAUGGCACCUGAGGUUAUAAAUCAUCUACCCUAUGAUAACAAAGCAGAUGUGUUCAGUUUUGCUAUCGUGCUUUGGGAGCUCAUAACAUCUAAGCUACCAUAUGAUACCAUGACCCCUCUCCAAGCGGCUGUAGGUGUGAGGCAGGGCUUGCGUCCAGGACUCCCAAAAAAGGCACAUCCAAAGCUAUUGGACUUGAUGCAGAGAUGUUGGGAAGCCGAUCCAUCUAACCGGCCUGCUUUCCCAGACAUAUUAGCCGAACUAGAGGAUCUUCUGGCACAAGUUCAGGGAACUUCGGAAAAGACUACCCAAGAACCAAAAGAGGACUCAGGCGCUAAAGAUUGACCCCCCCCCCCCGCCCCCCGCACAUACCUGACAUUUUUCUCAUUCAGCAAUCGGCGUAUUUAGGAUUCGGGUCACUAAUUAUGAGGAAUGUAGCUUAUCAUCUUGUGCGUGAUUGGUUUUGCUUUUAUGUACAUUUAAACAAUCAUCUUGGGGCCUAGUUUUUUCGGUCUCCUUGUUUAGAUCGCCUACCCGUGAUUUAACUUUUUUCGCUUCUAAUGAGGCUGGGUGUUUUUGAUGUGUA